AUGCCCAAAAUUCUGGACAGUGACAUCGACUCACCAAUUGCGAAUCUGAUCAAGCGCAGCGGCACGGCGACCACCACGACCAACAACAGUAGCAGCAGCUCGAGCAAGCAGAGCGCCCACUAUUCGAACGAUACCACCAGCGAAAAGUCGGACGGCCCGUUCGAAGGGCUCGUUGGCCGCCAUCACAUUGUCAGCGGCGGUGGCGGCAACUCCAACUCGUCCUCGUCCUUCUUUUCGUCCGCGUACGACGCGAAGGAUGGUUCGAACGAGGGCGGCAGCAGUUUCGGCAGUAGCGCCGUAGCGGGCGGGAUGGGGGCGGUGGGACCGGCGCUGACGCAACCGCAACCGCCACCGCCCCCGCCGCAGCAAGGUCAGAGUGCGUUCUUUCAAUCAACCACCGGUCACCACCAGCAGCACCACCGGGGCCACCGAUCCGAUGGGGCGGACGGUGGCAAGGGUACCGGCAACGCCCCUGCCACCGCCCCGGAGUCACGAGUCAAGAAGUAUCGCCAUCAGCAGUUCAGCAAGAACAUCUACAUCGGCACGAAGAACGCGGAGAAGUGGGACACACUGCGGAACGUGCUGCUCUUCAAGAACGAUGUGGAGUUCGUAUCGUUCCUGCUGAAGCUGGCCGAGAGCAACUGCUGGAAGAAGGACCCCCCGCUGCUCAAUGGAUUCCACGGCGAAACGCUACCAGCGAAGUCGCAGGGAGCUACCGGCAAGGGCGUGCGGACCAAAUCAGGAGCCCGCGGCAAGCAACCACUGCAAGAGCCAUUGCGCGAGGAGCAGCAACAGCUGGAACAGCAGCCGCAGCUGCACUCAUCAUCAAUCAGCUUCGGUGGCACAAAACCGACCGGCGGCAUGGGAAAGAAAACCAAGAAAGUACAAUUUAACAAAAAUGUAAAUAUAAUCCAUAAGCUUGAUAAUCGCCGAAGCGGUAAGAUGGUAUCCUUCAGCGAGAAAGCAUUGUCAGACGAGCCUUCGGAUCUGCCGCACCACGACGAAGAUUCUACGGCCGUACCUGAGGAGGAUGACGGUGGCGGUUGCGGUGGAGGUGGUGGUGGUGGCGGUGGCGGCGGUGAGGAAGACGACGACGAGGAGGAGGAGGAGGAAGACAUGGAGGAGGACGAUGAAGAUGAGGAAGAAGAAGAAGAGGAGGAGGAGGAGGCGGAGGAGGAGGAGGAGGGCGAGGAUAAGGAGGCGAUGGCGGGCAAGGUGGAUGAAGAGGCGGCCGACGGCGAUCCGGUGCGUAAGGUCGACGUCUUUCUUGACGAUGCUAAGGAGCAGGAGACGAACGUUGGCAGCCACGAUGCGUACCUGUUGGACGAUCUCGUGAAGAAGACGCUGCGCAAAGCGCACCCACCGCCCACGAAUCAACCCCAGCAGAGCAACGAGGUGCAGCAGGACUCGAUCAGCAGCACCAUGGGAUCGGUUUCAGAGGAUUCGCUCAACACGGAGACGGAGGUGCUUGACUAUCGCAUCGCCGAGAAGAUUAAGACCGAGCUGGAGGAGAAACAGAAGAUGGAGCGCAAGACGCACACCGCGGAGGAGCUGCCGACGACGUCGAACUUUUUCGAGCAGUGCGACUUCGAGCCGACGGCAAUCGAUGAGAAGCCGACGGUGCCUCCGCACGCGAAGAAGGGAACCGUUAUGGACCGGUCACGGUCGGGCACGGCUCUUGAAGGGGCGGCGUACGGUGGGGGACCCCGGAAGCGGGGCCGACGUGCCAAUGCGGCAGACUCGGGCAAUGUGGAUCUUCACAUCGAGUACGAGGAGCAGGAGUACCGGCCGCUUCCGGGAGCGCGUGCCACCGACGGCGGACCGCACGAGAAGUCAACCUUCACCAAUCAAGCGAAGCAGCUGCAGCUACAGCACGCCCCGGCCGCGCAGCGGAAGGCGAAGGGUGCGGGCUCCACCAAGAAUAAGGUGUGCACCGGGUGUAACAUCAAGCACGGCGCUGACCUGUGCCCGCUCAAUACACCGCUACGAGCGAUCAGCAACAAAAUCGAGCUUAAUCAGUGGCUGGAGCAGAACGAGGAUUUGAUAAAGAAGCACAAGCUGUUCCUCAAGCCGCCCGGCAACGGGGAGGACCUAGACGACGAUAUGGACGACCAGUACGACGACGAUGAUGAUGACGAGGACGAUGAUGUGGACGAUGAAGAUGAUGAUGGUGGGGAUGGGAGUCGGGCGAACGGGAAGCUGGAGCUGAAUCCCUCCUUCUCGGAAGUAUCGGUGCCGCCAGAGUUCGAGCUGAGGCUAUGUCCACAGUCGAGCGCUAGCAACGCCAUCAGCAGCACAACGCAGCACGAAGCGGUACAGCAACGGCAGGAGCAGCACACCAAGCUGGGACAACUGCAAGAUCAACAACCACCUUCACAACAGCCGGCCGCACCCGAGCAGCAGGAUCAGGACUCGAUGAUGGAGUCCAAGGGAUCCUUACCACCACCACCACCCUCGUCGUCCUCGUCGUCCAGUUUUGCCGGUACGAUAGGGCUGGACCGGGGGGAGACAGCGUCGAAAGGUCGCACCGUGAGCGGGCAUGGGCUGAGCAUCUACACGAUCGCCUUUAUUGCGAAGUAUACGAAAAUCGGACCGCUGACCGGGCAGAUAGUGCGCGAAACCGAAAUCCAGGACGACUGCACGAUGCGCCACAUAUUCGAAACGUUCGACGGUGUGAAGUCAACGUACACGAGCACGGAGAAUAAGAACUUCUCCAACUGGUUGCGUUACAUCCGGCCCGCGCGCAACAGGGAGCAGAAGAACUGCGUGCUGCAGGUGCAUGACGGCAGCAUCUACUUCGUGACGAGCCGUGACCUGGAACCGGGCACGGAGCUACUGUACUGGAGUAACGAUAGCAACUCUGCCUGGGGCAAGAAGAAGAUGGAAAAGACGAACUGUGGCGGUUGCAACCUCAAGUUCGAUCAUCCGUUCUACUACCGGACGCACUGCUCGGUGUUUCACGAUCCCGGGUUUAGUCUCACGAUCCGCAAGUACCACUGCAAGGUGUGUGGUGCGGCCGUGCUUGGCAAAGAGAAUAUCAUGAAGCAUGCCGAAAAGCUACACGAUGGCAAGGGAGCAUACCAGUGUCAAUUUUGUCAAAAGUUCUUCCUCCGGCUAAACUACCUUGAAAUGCACCGAACGUACGGUUGCAGUGCCAAUCCGCAGCGCACGCGUCCGCUGUGCGACUUCUGCGGCAGGAAGUUCUGUCAGCCGCAGAAGCUGAAGGUGCACAUCAAGCGGAUGCACAGCGAUAUGGCGGACGUGUUGCGGGACUUCCAGUGCAAGCUUUGCUCCAAGCUGCUCGGCUCACGGGCCGCCUUGCAGCGACAUUCGAAGGAGGUGCACAGUCGCAACUCGGCCGUGGUGAGCUGCCCGCGCUGUCAGAAGCUGUUCCAGAACCGGUCGAAUCUGAAGAUCCACAUGCUCACGCACUCCGGUGUGCGGCCUUUCAAAUGCGCUGAACAGGAAUGCACGGCUGCCUUUACUACCAAACAGUGUCUGCAGUUUCACUACAAGAAGGUACACGGAUACACCCAGGAGCAGAUGCCGAAGAUCGAGCGAAGUGUGGCGUACACGUUUGACGCUUACUCCGGAGGCUUAAAUGAUGGUAUUAUCGAUGAAGUACAGCGUCGUCAGCGACACAAGUCGUCGGCAUCGGAGGAGGGUGGAUAUCCGACGGAAAAGGUGGAAAGAAAGAAGCGUUCCCGCCAUCUCAACCAUUUCGACGAGACAUCCCUGCAGCAGCAGCAUCAGGCGCAGCUACAGCAGCAAGCCGAUCUCUCGCAGGGUCUGCAGCAGGAAUCGAGCGAUCCGGGCAAGGUAGCGCCUCAGCAACAUCUGCCACAACAAUCACCCCAACAUCCUCAGCUGGACUACCCCAAUACACCACCCGCGCCGCCACGCUUAUCAACGCAUCCAUCAACCGCACAGCAGCACCAGCUGGUGCUGCCGAACGUGGACGUGCUGCAAAAAGAUGCCGAACUGCACCAGCAAAAGAUGCUCCGUCAGCAGCAGCAGCAACAGCAGCACGCUCAACAGCAACUUUCCGUACACCAAGCGGAUGAGCAGCAGGACACCGUUGAUCAGGCGACCGGCAGCCAGAUGCAGCAGCACCAGCACGACCUGCACACCGAUCCGCAGCAUGCAUCGCUGGACGAACAGGUGAUGGCUAAGGCAGACCAGGAGGAGCAGACCCUGCAUCAUCAUCACCACCAUCACCAGCAGCUGUCGCGGCUGCCGUCACCGUUCUCGAACAACUUGCUGAAGACGAAAAACAUUCUCGAAUCCUUCAACGAUCUCUGCCGGAACGAGAGCAACCUGUCGCUGCUGUCCACCAAAAUCACAUCCAUACUGAACAACAACCUGAAGGAUAUCGCGAAGGUGGCCGCCAUCGGCACGGCGACCGGCAGCAAUGGUGGCAGCGUCGAGGACAUUCGAAAGAACAUUAUUGAUCACCAGGGUUUGGACGAGAGCCGUAGCGAUCGGCUGGAGGACAUGCAGCAUCUCGUCCACCCGCUGCCGGACGAACAGUCGAAGGCGAACAGCUUGAACGUGAGCCAGCUGCACCGUCUCAACAUAUCAAACCAGCUGGACACUAGCACGGCUGCCGCCUUACAGUACAAGACGAACAGCGAUGACGACAUGAAGAGCGUCAACGAGGUGGACAGUAACUUCGUCGACAUGGCAUCGCUGGCGAGCAAUUUGAAAUACAAAGAGUACAUCAACGGUGGCGGCAACGCUGGUCUGGUAAUAAGCAAGGGCAGCAAGAAGUGGAUCAGCGAUGCGGAUCAACUCCCGGGUGGUGAUGGACAGCAGGGCGAACCGGGCGUUAUGCUGAGCACGGUAACUGGGCGCGAUUUUCUCACCAAGCUCAUCAUGAACGGGAACGUCAAUACACCGCCACCGAAUGUGGCGGAUGACGAGGAGGAGGACGACGACAACUCGACCAUCCUGGACGUGGUGGAUUCGAACAACCAGAACCAGCAGAGUUCCCACACGCAGAUCCAACAGUACACAUCGAACUUUACCGGGCUGAACCUGCCCGAUCUGCCAUCCUUCCAGAGCCACGCAUUCCAGGGUCACUUCAACCAUCAAACGUUGCUGGGUUCGUUCUACAACAACACUGGUUCCGGUGCGGGGCGUAACACGAUCAAUACGAUACCCACGUCCGCCAGUAUGCUGGUCGAGGCGGCCCUCAACUCGGUCAGCAACAUCAUCACGGAGGCCGAGAUCAGCACCAACAACAAUCAGAACCAGGGCCUAAAUAUCAACCACAUCGAUCCGGGCAGUGGGACGGACACGGCCAACAACAACGUCGCGGCCAACUCGUUCAACGCGAGCACCAUCGACGAAUCGGUCGACGAUAUGAAGCUGCUAAAGUCGCACCACUUCUCGAUGCAGCUCAACUCCAUAUCUCAGUACACAGCGCAGCAGUCUGCCAACGAUUCGAGCAUUCUGUCGAUCCGCGGUGCGGGCAGCAGUGCGGUCGUCAGCCGACCGAAGUCGCGUGAAAAAAUCGCCAUCUACGAGGAUAGCGAGAUGCUCAACUACGAAAACCAGCAUCUGAGCCAGCAGUUGCAGGGCACACCGCACAAGCUGACCUCCAGCGUGGAUUCGGUGCGCAGUGCCCUGUCACCGGAGCAAACCGGCGACUUCAGCUACGCAGCCACACCGGGCACCUCCAGCCGGCAGCAUAUCGUCAGCGGUUCACCGGUGCGGUCCAGCUCGCGGCAAAUUUACGCCGAGCACGAUCUGAUAUCGCCCGCCUCGACGCCCUCGUUGCCGCGGUACGACUUUGGACCGACGGACAGCAACUACAGCAGUGCGCGACGGCAGGACGCGAAAACGAUUAGCUCGCUCACGCUGGAGAGCUUCGAAUCGAACCUCAAGGACACGCACCACAUGCAGCAGCUGUCUAGCGACGAGGACAACAGUAUCGUAAUCGCCGAAAACCUCUCCGUAAACGCCGUGUCGACGGAGGAGAAGUUGAAGCUGUCCAAUGCGUCGGCUGGGGGUGCGACCAACAGUGCGUCGAGCGCGGGGAGUAGCGCGGCCGAGUUCAUUCAGCAUCAGAAGUACGGUGAGACGGGACGUACGAUCGGUGGUUCUAACCUGCCUGCCACGGCCGAUAUGCGCAUCAAGUACGGCAAUGACGAUAUGGUGGACUUCCAGCGCAACAGCAUCGGCGACUCCUCCGACUUCCAGGGACUGGAUAUGUCCUCGCGAUCUUCCGUUUCCGCAUAUCAUCAUUCAAACUUCCAGCUCUCAACGCAGGCGAGCAGUAAUCUGCACUUUAAUCGCUACCACCAUCACAUUUACGACAUUCUCAGCGAGCGCGAGCAGCAACAGCAACAACCGCAACAACAGCAACAACAGCAGCAGCAACAACAGCAGCAGCAGCAGCAGCAACAGCAGCAACAAUCCCAACAACAUCAUCAUCAACAGCAACAGCAGCAACAACAGCAGGGGCAACAACACCAUCAACAUCAACAUCAGCACCAUCACCAUCAACAUCAGACACAGCAGCAGCAGCAGCAGCAACAGCAACAGCAGCAACAGCAGCAACAAUCGCAACAACACACGCAACAACAGCAGCAGCAAGAAUCGUUCCAGCUGGAGCAAACGCAGCUGCAGCAUCUCGUGCAGGAGCACGUACAGAGCCAAGACUCGGAUGCGGACCAAUCGGUAACGGUGGAUCUGAGCCGCAGCUCCAGCUACCUGGUGCAGUCCCCACCAACGCCUGCCAUCUCGUACAGUAGCCACCACCAUCCGGAUAUGAUACGGAUGGUAUCGUUGGAUCUCAGCUCCAACACCGGCUCGCACCAUACGGUGAACAACGGUUCGCAUCACGCGGUCCGUCACGCCUCCUUCAUCUCCUCCCAGAUACAGCCCGCCGAACAUCAUCGUUUGCUUGCUGGCGAUCAGCUGUCCGCUAGUAACCAUCGGCUGCUGGUGAGCGAUCCGGCCACACACCUGAUCUUCGAGCAGAACAACCGACUGCUGUCGGAUGCGACCGGUCAACCUGCGCCGCCGCCGCCGCCACCGCCCCGCCAUGUCGUGUCGCCGACACGUGGGUUCGGUGCGUAUCAUCACCAUCAUCACCAUCACCAUCACCACCAGGUCAGCUCGACGAACUAUCACCAUUCGAUGAAGCAAAACAUUGCCUCACCACCCAUCAAUCAGCACAGCUCCUCGGCUGCCGCUUACCACCCAUUCCCCACCUACUACUAAGGAUGCGAUUAGGCACUCAUCAGCCUGUCCACGUCUCUUCAGCAGCUAGUUGGGUGGAACAUAAUAUAGGGAGCGAGAUGUACUAUACGCUCAACAUGAUCAACGACCCUAGUGUACAGUUGUGUCAAGGGACGACUUAGACCGGUGUGUGAAAAGUACGAAUUUUGACUGAGAAACCAGAUGUAUGUGGUCCAGGAUGUCCACUAUAAAUAACCGAUGUCUAACCCAGCUAGUUAGUAACUAGUACUGCUCGCUGUCAGCAGAAACCUGCGAGGUAAUAUUAGUAUAUUGCUCCACUCCCGUCAGCACCAACCCUUUCCGGUUGCUCUGUACCCUUCCAAAGAC